AUGUUCUCUUCCUCGGGCAGCGGCAAGAAGCCGCCCCAGCAGGAAAUGGUUCAAGUUGACCGGUCCGAGUCGGCUUCGCCUUUCUGGAGGGUUCAGCGCGAGGGCACACCCAAGAAGACCAGCCGCGAUCCGAAUCUCGUGGUCGGCGCUUCCUACUCGCACGCCGACAUGCUCAAGUUCGACUCCCUCAACGUAUCUGGCAGCUCGUCGCGGCCCAGGACACCUCCCUCGUCGUCUUCCCACCGAGCACGGACAAGCGAUGUCAGCUCUCCCCCGCCGCAGAAGCAUACCGGAUCGUCGUCGCCACCGCUUAAAUCCUACAUCAGCUUCCUGUCCAACACGAAUCAGGACUGGAAUGCGGACGACCCCGAGGGCGAGGACGUUUACGGAUACGAAGAUGACGACGGCGACGACUUCGGAUUGCCGAGCCUGUCCAACAUGAAGAGGAAAACACGGCGCAUGGCUGCUGCUCAGGAUCAGGAUAAGAGCGGUUCCGACCCAACGUUGGGUCUCCCCUCUCGACGUUAUUCAGAUAGUGCCGACAUAGCGAUCGAGAGGCCCAUGCCGGCUUAUCCCAUGCCCAAGAAAAGCGAAGGGAAAAUACUCCGGCCCCAGUACAAGGACAUCUUGAGAGAUCCGGCCAACGCUCUUCAUCUCAUCAACCACCCUGCCAUUCCAGCCAAUGCGACCCCGAAGGAAGUCGAUGCCAGUAACUCACGUGUCACGAGGAUUAACAAGUUCAAAAAGAUACUGCAGGCAACUAACAUCUCGCUCCCCGACCUUCGAGCACUGGCGUGGGGAGGCGUGCCCGAAGAAGUCCGCGCCAUGACAUGGCAGUUGCUGCUGAGCUACCUACCUACGAGCAGUGAGAGGCGAGUCGCAACCCUGGAAAGGAAGCGGAAGGAGUAUUUGGAUGGUGUAAAGCAAGCCUUCGAACGCAGCGGCAAUGCACCGGCUGCAGGGGGCCGGUCUCGAGGUCUGGACGAAGCCAUCUGGCACCAGAUCAGUAUUGACGUCCCCCGGACCAACCCUCACAUUGAGUUGUAUGGCUAUGAAGCCACCCAACGAUCGCUCGAACGUAUCCUAUACCUUUGGGCCAUUCGCCACCCAGCCAGUGGAUAUGUUCAAGGUAUCAAUGACUUGGUCUCUCCCUUCUGGCAAGUCUUCCUGGGCACCUACAUCACCGAUAGUAACAUAGAGAGCGGCAUGGACCCUGGGCAGCUUCCCAGGACCGUCCUGGAUGCAGUAGAAGCUGACUCAUUCUGGUGCCUUACCAAGCUUCUGGACGGCAUCCAGGAUCACUACAUCGUUGCACAGCCAGGAAUUCAGCGGCAGGUGGCUGCUCUGCGCGAUCUCACGGCCAGGAUCGAUUCGGACCUAGCUAAACACCUUGAGAAUGAACAUGUCGAGUUCAUUCAGUUUAGCUUCAGGUGGAUGAACUGCCUCUUGAUGCGAGAGAUCAGCGUCAACAACACCAUCCGAAUGUGGGAUACGUACCUGGCAGAGGAGCAGGGCUUCUCUGAGUUCCACCUCUAUGUAUGCGCCGCGUUUCUUGUCAAGUGGUCUUCUAAGCUCUUGAAGAUGGACUUUCAGGAAAUCAUGAUGUUUCUUCAAGCUUUGCCGACCCGCGACUGGACUGAGAAAGACAUUGAGCUGCUGCUCAGCGAGGCAUACAUAUGGCAGAGUCUCUUCAAAAACUCGUCGGCACACCUACGAGGAGGCCCAAGUCGGGCCCCAUCUGGCAGCCUCCAGCUUUAG